CGUUUCCGGCAGUCGACUUCCGCUCUUUGAGGCGCUGACGUCCCCUUCCGGCUUUGGUGGCCCGUUUGGAAAGAGUUUGAGAUGUGCACGAUGAAGCCGCUGACCUUUGUGGUGUUGGCCCUGCUUGCUGUCACUCAAGCAGAAGAAGGAGCCAGGCUAUUGGCCUCCAAAUCACUUCUGAACAGAUACGCGGUGGAGGGCCGAGACCUGACCCUGCAGUACAACAUCUACAAUGUGGGCUCAAGUGCUGCAUUAGACGUGGAGUUAUCUGACGACUCCUUCCCUCCAGAAGACUUCGGCAUUGUCUCCGGGAUGCUCAACGUCAAAUGGGACCGGAUUGCCCCCGCCAGCAAUGUGUCCCACACCGUGGUCCUGCGCCCUCUCAAGGCCGGCUACUUCAACUUCACCUCUGCCACCAUCACUUACCUGGCUCAGGAGGAUGGGCCUGUGGUGGUCGGCUUCACCAGCGCCCCUGGACAGGGAGGAAUCCUGGCGCAGCGGGAGUUCGAUAGGCGGUUCUCUCCCCACUUUCUGGACUGGGCUGCCUUCGGGGUGAUGACCCUGCCCUCCAUUGGCAUCCCCCUGCUGCUGUGGUACUCUAGCAAGAGGAAAUACGACACUCCCAAGAAUAAGAAGAACUGAGUGGGACUGCCAGCCCUCCCUGCCCGGCAAAUUCAGGUGCUUUCCAGACUCCCCAGGGGAUUAAACACACAGCCUUUCCUCCCUCAGCACAAGGCCACCUUCAGUGUCCUCCCCUGUCCGGACAAAGUAAAGGAGCAGACCUGGGAAUCUGAGCACCUCCUCAGUUCGUCCUGAAGCCAUAGAAGGAGCACCCUGGGUAGCAGUCUGACCCACGGAGCCUUCCUGUGAGUGGCCGGCCCAGGAGCGGGCUGUCUGGAGACUGCCUGGCAUCCCUCCCAUCCCCCCUUCUCUGAAGAGGGCAGAGGAUGAGAUGAAAGCUGUGGGACUCCGAAAGGCUACCCCAUCUCUGUUCUGGGUUAGGGAAACUCUUAUCAAAUGGGUUUUCUAAUAAAAACAAGUGUCUCACUGA